CACAGAAGGACCCCUGGCGGCGCGCCGGGCGAGGGAAGGCCCCCGUGGAGCCGCUGCUGAGGGGAAGGGAGGCCGCGAUGCCGCUGUACGAGGGGUUGGGAAGCGGCGGGGAGAAGACAGCGGUUGUGAUAGACCUGGGCGAGGCCUUCACCAAGUGUGGCUUUGCAGGAGAAACGGGACCACGAUGUAUUAUUCCUAGUGAAAUAAAGAAACCCAGUGUUGCUAAGCCUGUCAAAGUCGUUCAGUACAAUAUUAAUACAGAAGAGCUGUAUUCAUAUCUGAAGGAAUUUAUCCAUAUGCUGUAUUUCAGACACCUGCUGGUGAAUCCCAGAGACCGCCGUGUUGUGAUCAUAGAAUCUGUCUUGUGCCCUUCGCAUUUCAGGGACACCCUCACCAGGGUCCUUUUCAAACACUUUGAGGUUCCUUCCGUUUUGUUUGCUCCGAGUCAUCUAAUGUCUCUGCUGACCCUUGGGAUCAAUUCUGCCAUGGUGCUGGACUGUGGAUAUGCAGAAAGCUUGGUGCUACCUAUAUAUGAGGGAAUUCCAAUUCUGAGCUGCUGGGGUUCUCUGCCCUUGGGAGGAAAGGCUAUCCACAAGGAGCUGGAAUAUCAGCUGUUGGAGCAGUGCACAGUUGAUACAGGAUCAGCCAAAGGACAAAGCCUUCCAUCUGUGAUGGGCUCAGUUCCAGAAGACAUAGUAGAGGAUAUAAAAGUCCGCACUUGUUUUGUGAGCGAUCUCCAACGUGGACUGAAGAUCCAAGCAGCCAAGUUCAACAUUGAUGGCAGUGCUGAGCGUCCUUCACCGCCUCCAGAUGUGGACUACCCUUUAGACGGAGAGAAGAUUCUCCAUGUAGUCGGCCCCAUCAGAGACUCCGUUGUGGAAAUACUAUUUGAACAGGAUAAUGAAGAGACCUCUGUUGCCACUUUGAUCUUAGAUUCACUCAUUCAGUGUCCAAUAGACACCAGGAAGCAGCUGGCGGAGAACUUGGUAGUCAUUGGUGGCACCGCGAUGUUGCCAGGAUUCCUCCACAGGCUCAUGGCAGAAAUCAGGUACCUGGUAGAGAAACCAAAGUACAAAGAAGUGCUGGCGACGAAAACCUUCAGAAUUCACACUCCGCCUGCCAAACCCAACUGCGUGGCCUGGCUGGGAGGAGCUAUUUUUGGAGCACUUCAGGACAUCCUUGGGAGCCGGUCUGUGUCUAAGGAAUAUUACAGCCAGACAGGCCGCAUACCCGACUGGUGCUGUCUUAAUAAUCCUCCACUGGAAAUGAUGUUUGAUGUUGGCAAAGCACCCCCACCACUGAUGAAGAGGGCUUUUUCAACUGAGAAAUAAGCACCCGAAUGCUACACAAGGAUUCCUCUCAUCUGUUUCAAGUAGACAUCCAUGUAUUGCCUUUUUUUUUGUUCAGUAAUUUGUGUGUAACACUAUUAAACAUGGACACUGUGGAAGUUUGGGGGGAAUAUAGUGGUAGGUACUAACACUGUUGAAAACUACAUCCAGUUAUAGUUUAAAAGCUUAACUCUGGCAGCGCUACAUGGUUUUGUCCUCUCCUGAAGAAAUUCUACACCGUCAUGAGUUGUAGCCUGCAGAGUUCUGUGUUAUUUAUAUGUACAGUAAGUGACAUUGUUGAGAGAAUUUGUUUUAAGAUAUUUGGGGUUUAAAUGUACUUAGAAGAACGGAGGGCAGUCUCUCUGGGAAAUAUCUACGGAUUUUCUGCCAAAUUGUGCAUUAAAAUAUUCCAUCGUUGAAUCACAUGUGAGGAAAUGGUUUGGGGCUGUUUAGCAAAGGUGCUGGAGCAGGAUUUCACCUGGAAACAGACUGGUCUUGAGUUUUAGCAGAGAACUCUGCUGCCUGUACUUCUCAUGUAGUGCUGAACUCUCCCAGUAUCUCUCCUCCAAGGAAGACUUCAACCAUGUAAGCAUUAUAAACAAGUGAGGAAAUCUUGAGUCUCUUAUGGAGCUGUCAACUUUAGAAGUCACUUCUUUGCCCUUCUUCUCACCAUCAGAAAUACUAAGGUUUGUUGUCCCACAGCGAUAGGUAUUAAAUGAAAAUGCAAUACAAGGGCAUUGCUUAACAGAAACAAAAGUACAUUGGGACAUUAACGCUGUAUUUAGGAACUUUUUGGCUGAUCAAUAGCUUUUUGAAGAUGUUAUAACGUUGUUUUGAAGGAGCGUUCCUGUGGAAAAACAAACACUUAGGCUGUCGUUCUGCUGCUCGUGCUGCUGAUCUGGGUUUGUCAUGAUUCCCGUUAUCCUUUGAGGGUUGGAGAGAGAAGGAAUCACGGAAACAUUUAGGUUGGAAAAGACAUUUAUAAGGCCACCUACUCCAAGACUUAACCUAACACUGCCAAGCCCCAUAAUACUGUUGUGAAUGACCUUUGCAUGCAGAGCUGGUGUUCUUGGUGGCCAUUCUGGACAGUGCACUGUGUCUCAGCAGCUUUGUGUCCUGGGAGAGGGAUUCUCCUGGCCUCAAACACCGCUAGGCUUGCUGCCUAAAUGGUGACCCUGCUGGGGUUUCAGUCUUACUCCUAGGAGCAAUUGCUUAUUUCAAACUUAGAGAGAUAAU